AUGGGCUCCUGGGCAAUGGCUGGGUCACGUGGGCUCUGCCUUUAUCGACGGAUUGAUCUGCUGAUGAGUUUGGAGCUCGGUGGGCCGAUUGGGGAAGCGGGUCACUGGGGACGUGGCUCUGCAGGGUGCAUUUUGUCCCUAGGCCCUUCCUCCUGGGCUCCUUCCCGCUCCUCUCUGCUUCCUGACCGCGGUGAGAUGAGCACUUGGGCCCCGCUGUCCCCACCAUUACGUUCCGAACUGGCCGAGAAACAACGGAGCCACCGCCUUGCGUGGAGGGAGGGGCGGGCAGCACCCUUUCGGGCUGGGCUCGCCUGGGUUGACGGGCUGCAGCUCAUCCCUCCUUCAGCCUGCGUUUCAGUUUUCGUGCUCCUUCUGGACCAAACAUUUCGGGGAAACUGCCGGUUCUUUGGAUUUUCCUCCACAUGUUUUGCUUUCUUCUUUGCUUUGUCCACCCGCGGUGGCGGACAGUCCGGGCAGCGACGUCUGACGCGCGACGCCUUCUGCCGGCUCCUGGCUCCGAACUCGCGGCUCCUCCGCCUCGGGCUGCACAAACCCGCGGGCCGCUCCGCAGCUCCUCGCUGGCUUCCUCCAGCUCCCCCGACACAGCGCUCCCUGGAGUCCACUUGGAUUUCAUGGGCUCCGAAAGCCCCCCGCGCGGCUGCUGGGUGCCGGGAAUCCCGCCGUCCUCCGUGGGCCCAUUCGGUCCCAGGGCCCCCUUCCUCCGCUCCCCUGAGUGGAGUCCGGCUGAGUUCUGUGCCUCUCUCUGCCUUUAACGGCACCUCACGCUCCCAGCGCUGUCCCUGCGGACAAGGGAAGUUCAGUUCUUUACUCUUUAAGGCACGCACUGCCCAGAGUUCUGUGAUACUCCCUGGCUUAUUUCCUGUACAAUUCUACCACUUCACGUCUGCAACUGAGCGACCUCAGACAGGUGUCCCAGUUUCCGAAGUCCAGGAAAUUUUCUUUGACACAGCCAGCCUCGGGGAGGAAGAGCAGGGAGACCAUGGGUCUGUGCCGACACACGCACAUUCGGAUGCUUUGUCCAAAAAGCCCAGUGCUGAAGCAUUUCAAUUAACCAAGUGGGAUGGUUUACCUGAUAAAAUGCUCUCUGCAUGUCACCACGAGGCAUCAGCCCAGAUCUCCUGGAGCCCUGUGCCAACCAAGGGGCAGGCAUGGAGGGCGCUUCACCCAUGCAUGAGGUGAGCUCCGAUGGGGACAGCAUGCUGUUCCGGUGGAGGCCUUCUGCAGGAGGAAAUCAGCUCUUCCCAAGGCUGUGUGGGCCUUGAGGAGGAGAUGUCUCUGGAGGUAGGUCUUAAAGGUUCACCUCACAAUCAUGAGAGCCUCCAAAUUGCUUAGACCAGAUAGGAAGCCCCCAAAAGACCAGCAUGGUUCCUUCAUUCUUUCUUUCAAGAGGAAGCCAAUCCAAGGGAGUGGCUCAGUGCAAAAGCCCUGGUUUGAAUCCCCAGUACCACCAAAGCAAAAACAAGAAUAAGGGUUGUUUUUUCUCAGAUUCAUGAUUUAUUGUACAAAUUGAAUAUACUACGAUAAAUUGACAUGAGCUCCUCCGGGUACAGGGACUUAACAGACAGAGUCGAACAUUUUUAGAAUCCUAGCAUAUUGAACACCCUGGGUUUGAGCCCCAACACAAUAACGUUGCUCUCACAGCUAGAGUUUUUUCUCCUUCGUCUGAAGUAUAAGAUCUUCAGCGUGACUCUCCAUACGUGGCCAAUCCCAAUUCAUUCUACAUGUGAGAGUGCGAGAGCUGAAAUAUUUUUUAAUGCCAGUGAGCUGGACUGGGCAUCAGUUGCUGGACCUGCCAUGAUUUCAGUCUCAUCAAAGCCACAAAUUCCACAGCUGGCAUUCUUGAACUUGAGCAGUUACUCACUGAUUGCUUUCACAUAGCUGUGCCUGCCCACCGUACAAGUUCUCUCUGAGGGACACAGCAUGUAGCAUCUGACGCUGACUGUCAUACUGAUCUUGAAUAAAUUUCCCCCAUCACGUGAUCCCUGCUCCUCUGAUUUUCCUAAGCUGAAUUCUUAGCUGCUAAUUUCCCUUCCUAACACAGUGAACCUAUCAUUGGAUGCUCCUUAAGCUUAUCCUGGAUCCUACAGGACUCAGUGAAAGAUUUCAUUGCUUCCUUGUCUGAUAACGUAACUAUUGCUCUACCAGUAAAAACUAAAACUGUAUGCCAAAGAACAAAGCUUUGGUAAUGGGUGGGAGCUAAGCCAGGGGCCACUCUGAAUGAGGUCUUCUCAGAGGUGCUCCUGUGCUUCCUUCGAAUUCCAGAGCUGUGGGCACAUCCGGCCACUCACUCACAAGUCCAUACAGAAUCACAGCUUGACUCGGGCAGCCGUGACUUAGGGGCUGCCUCGCUGGCUAGGCUCUCCUUGUUUCUUCAGCUUCAGGGUUCUGCUCAAGAUUUCACCCCAGAUGGCUUUGCCUUAGUUUUUCUUAACCGUUUUUGAUCAACUCGGCUAAGGGUUGUGGACAAAGAUAUCCCUAUAUUUCCGGUAUGUGUCCGGUAGACCUGCUAACAGAUCUGGUGGACAGUACAACUAUCCACAUUGCUUUUCAGUAUUCCAUUCCUCUCCUUUACAUUUUGCUCACUUGGGCCUUUGUUUUCAGAAUGUGAUCGACAUUUCCCAAGGAGAAUUUAAGUAUUUGUGUCGUUCUAUUCAACAAAAACCUAUUUCCACUCAUGUGAGUGUGAGCUCUAGAAACCUAUAGCUCUUUAUGGAAAUACAAGUCCACAUUCUGUGUGCAUGAGUUUCCUCUGAACUUCCGCUGCCCACUGAUCCCAGUUUAAGGAGCUACUCAGUGAUCCACCUGCUAUUGUAAAGAAGCAAGUUAGGGUCUCUUCCUGUGAGGUCAGGUUUCCUGCGAGAGCGUGGAACUCAAUGCUUGAGAAGUUUGCUAAUAAUAGGAACUGUGUAUUUAUCCACCAGGCUACCUGAAAUACAGUUGUGUGAUUUUACUCAGCAUUCAGGGAAAUGCAGCAUUUUCAUUUUCUCUCCCCUUUUGGAAGGAAGCAGACUGAGGAGACUAUUAGAGAAAAUGCAAAUCUCCUGGCUGUUUGGGAAGGCUCCAAAAGAGUGAAAGUGAGCAGUUGCUACCAGCAGUGUUUGGAUGAAAAUGUAAAAUCUUUGUCUUUAAACGUGUUUAUUUAACUGCGGAGAGUUUACACGGCUCGGGAAUUAUAGUGGAAGAAAUUACGUCUCACUCCCACCACCAUCAGCUUUCUCCACCUGCCAAUUGUCCCACUUCAGUCCACAGGGGCAUCAGUGAUACUUAGAAUGAUGAAAAGGGAAAACCAACAUUUGCUAUUAAGAUGUGAAAGAAUGCAACUGCCUCCCAAUGAGGAAUCUGCGUUCCUCUGGGCCCCCUGCAUUCAGAACCAUUUCUUCAAACACAAGUCACCUCUCAGAUCGAUGUUCUGCCUCCUCCGCGCCCAUUGCAGCACAGUUCCUAAGCCACUGCCCCGUGGCAAGCACAGAACUCGGCUCCGGGUAAACGUUCGGUAAUUUUUUUGCUGAUUUAAUUUUGAAAUAAAGGAAAUGAGUACACAGCUUUGCAGUCGAUUGGUAAUUAGUGAUCAAUUAGUAUUUUUACUUAAGUUCUUUGGGGGGAAAAACCUCAUUUGAGCAAGUGGUCAGGAUUUGGUGAAUGACUAGGUUGCUUUAUAAUAUUCUCCUGUCUCCCCCACCCUAAAUUUCGAGCCCUUUACUUUGAACCAACCCUAAAAAUAGGUGCCACAGUAGAAACUGAUCAAUGAAGGAUGAACCAAAGAGCACCAGGCCCUCCAUUCUGAGUUUCCAGAAUCAAAAUCACAAUAUCUCCAUUGACUACUACUGCUCUUAUUAACAUAGAGACUCCAAAGCCCAGAAAAACAUGCCGGGCCCUCAUCCUGCUGAGAUGGUAACGUGGUCAGAAGGAAAGGUACAGACGCAUGAAUAACACCAGACCACUGAACUGCAGUUUAUGAGGCCUGUCUCUGGUUCCUAAAGCAGAUCACAA